ACGGGCCCCGGGAGGGGUCUGUGGCCUGGUUGAAGGGGGGAAAAACCGGCGUGAGAAAUGUCCCAGAGAAAGCGGUGUAGGUUGUCGGGCUUCUCUCAGGGAGAUGAUGGGGAUGAAGAUUUCAACUUGACCCAGACGCCGACGCACAGCCAGGUGCAGAGGAACCUGGAGAGGCGGUCGCAGGAUCAAGUAAAUCAGAAGGUGAGUGAGCUGGUUCAGUUCUUGCUUGUGAAAGACCAGAAGAAGAUCCCCAUCAAGAGGGCAGAUAUCCUGAAGAAAGUCAUCCGGGAAUACAAAGAUGUCUACUCAGAGAUUGUCAACCGGGCGGGCAGGACCCUGCAGCAGGUCUUUGGGCUGCAGCUGGUGGAGAUCGACACCAAACACCACAUCUACAUCCUCACCAGCGACCUGCCCCGCGCCGAGGGGGAGAACAUGCGCAGGGACAACCAGACAGCUAAGCUGGGGCUCCUCAUCGUCAUCCUCAGCUUCAUCUUCAUGAAGGGCAAUUCUGUCAAAGACGGCGCUGUCUAAUUCCUUCGCCGGCUCCGGCUGCAACCAGGGGAGCGACACGAGGUCUUUGGGGAUGUCAAGAAGCUGGUGACGGAGGAGUUUGUGCGGCAGAAGUACCUAGAGAUCACCCCCAUCCCCUUAACGGACCCCCCCGAAUUCAAGUACCAGUGGGGGCCGCGGGCGGCCAAGGAGACCUCCAAGAAGGACGUGCUGCGCUUCGUGGCCAAGAUCCAAGGGAAGGACCCGACGUUCUGGACGAGCCAAUACAACGAGGCCGAGGCCACCCCCUGAUUUCCGCCCCCCACCCCCCAAAAUAAAGAGACCCUUUUGGGGUGCAGCCCCACAAUCUCCAGGCUCAGUGCUUCGUUAAGGAAAUAAGCCAGCAGGCAGCGCAUGACGGCUUGGUGGCAGACGACCAGCACGUUCUCCUGCCGCUCCAGCUCCAUGAUGACGGGCUCCAACCGCUGC